AUGACAGGCCAUUCGGCCCGGCGCUCCCGCCUGCCUCUUUCGGCGGGUGGCCCAGUUAGUUCCACCGCCGAAUGGGUUGUGGUGUUUGCAAUGUCUCCGCUUCCACCGGCGGUCGGGCUGAGCACGGCGUCAGCCCUCUGCCCCUCUGCCACCGACCAGCCGCUGAAUCCAUCGUUGAAUGAAUUCUGUCGGUGGACACCGGGAAUGCGACCGUCCGGCCUCCGCCGUAUCUACACGGUGUGUCUGUCACAGGUGCGUCUGUCACUCAACAGGGAGAUUAGCCAAAAUAAACUCGAAUGUGAAAGUAUCAGAGACCGAGUGACACAGCGGGCCCGCAGAAUUGCGGGAACUGCCUCUUCCAAUCCUCCCUGCGGAUGGCUGACACUGUUUCACAUGCCCCGGGGGUGGUCGAUACCCCGGGGAUGGGGGACGUCGGUGCCCCGGGGGUGGGGACUGACGUCCGGCUGUGAUGUGUUGGGUUGGAUCCCUGAGCCUCUCCGCACGUCCCCGCCGAGCCGAGCGGGGUCCCAAGAUGCGGAGCCCGGGGAUGACUCCAUCGUCAGCCACCGCUGCCUGCAGAGCGGCUCUGUUCACGGCCGACUGACUCCGUCCUUUCCCCGUCAGAGCAGCGGCCGCUCGGAGCGGGAACCGCUGCGGGAGGACCCCGGCUGCGGGACCCACUGCGGGAGGACCCCGGCUGCGGGACCCACUGCGGGAGGACCCCGGCUGCGGGAGGAACCCCGGCUGCGGGACCCACUGCGGAGGACCCCGGCUGCGGGAGGACCCCGGCUGCGGGACCCACUGCGGGAGGACCCCGGCUGCGGGAGCGGACAGCCGGCAUGGAACUCCCGCAAAUCUGUCGGACAGCAACUUGGGGAAAGCGGCGCGGCUGCGGGCUGUGAUCGCGGACGAUGUGGUGAAGCCGGCAGAUCGGCCGGCUCUCCCUGCACCACCUGCAGGAAGCUGCACACCCACACCCUGCAGCUGCCCAGCACCAAGCCCUACCCGGCCCCGCUGCGCAGCGCGUUGGAGCGGGCGCUGCUGGACGCGGCGCUGAGACGAGCCCUGCACGCCGCCAGGACCCUCAACUGGUGCCCGGAGCUCCGCAUGCAGCACCCGCUCAGGGUCUCUGGAGAAGGGAACAACCUACUGCAUUCUGUCUCUCUUUAUAUGUGGGGUGUCCAAGACACAGAUCGUGUGCUACAGAAAACCUUCCACGAGGCUCUGGUCAAUGCCCACAACGUAACCUUCAAACUCAGGCUACAGACAGAAUACCAAAGAGUGCAAGGACUUCCUGAUCCAACCCCGCUUCCUCAGUCUGAGUUGCAGCAGAUUUGGGACCAAGAAUGGCAGAAUGUGAUUGAAUCUGCAGAUCCGGAUUCGGCAGCCGGCCAAGCUGUAACAAACAUGUACCAAGACGUCCACUUGUUUGUUUUGGCCAAUGUCAUCAGGCGUCCGAUCAUCGUGAUUGUGGGAAACUCAGAAGAAAGUUCAAAAAGUACUUCAAGCGUGAUGACCUCGAGUCCUGCGGGAAUCUACCUCCCCCUGCUUUGGCCACCCCUCCAGUGCUACAGCUGUCCCAUCCUGUUGGGUUAUGAGCAUCGUCAUUUCUCCCCACUCAUCACCAUCAAUGACAUAGGACCAGAGAUAAAUGCUUUUCCAUUAGUCGUGCCAAGUAAGGCUGGGAGUGUGGAGCUACCAAUCCGCUUUCUCUUGGACGCUGAAAAAGUCAACAGGAAGCAGCUACUGAGCAAUUAUCUGAUUGAGAUUUCGGUGCUGGACUGCAAUGGCGUCGAAUUUGUCAAUGCAGCCAGGUUGCUUAUAAACCCUUUGCCUGAUGACCUUAACCUGGUUCAGGAUUAUUUCCAGCUUGUUAACCAUCAGUACAAAUCCCGGCAGGAAGGCAGUGAUGACGUAAGAAGCAACAGGAAUGAAAGGGACUUUGAUUUCCUCUCAAACCUGUCCAUUGUGGAGGACAAAUGUUUGACGCACGGCUGCCCGUACUUUUGUUCAAAGUUCACCAAACCAUUCUGCCACGUGUGUCAUGAUGCAUUCCAGAGCAAGGAAGGGCCUUCAGAGCCCAACAUCUGCAAGGAAGAAGACAACCACGGAGGGAACAGACAGCUUAAUAGGAAAGAAACAACAAUCUUUGCAGUACAAGACAUCAGAGAUCAUCUGUCACCUCCACCAACAUCUGACACCUUGUUCUUCAAUGAGACAAAUGCCCUGAAGUGUAAAAGCACCGAGUGUCCGUUCACUGGAAGUGUGGCCCUGCAUGGCUUCUGUGCCAGCUGCUUCUGCAAGAGGGGCCAUGUGGAUGGUAUUCCAGAGGGAGGCAGGAAUUCUGCUCCUGCAUUGCCAGGUGAAAUAGUUGAUAGAAGGAUGGAUUUGUUGGGAGAGAGGUGCAGCAAGUGUAAGCAAGAAGUAAGGAAGUUUAAUGGUUGGUGUUACUUGUGUUUAAGGAGGACAGAUCCUUUGACCCUGAUGCAUGGAACAUCAGGGCAGAGCUCCUCAGAGCCACAGCAAGCUGCAAAGACCAGUGCAGACAGUCAGAGAGCGGGCAAUGCCCAGGGUCAGGGACUGCAGGUCAGGCAGCUCAGAGAAGGUGGGAAAUGCAAGAACCCUGACUGUCAGUACUUUGGAACAGAGGACCAGUCCGGACUGUGCACCACCUGCUUCUUCAAGUAUCUGGAAAGCCUUGGAGUUUCCUCUCCACAAGAUCCAGCUCGAAGACACAGUGACUACUCAUCCUCUCCCCCUCAGAAACAAUUUGCUCAGAUUUCAUCCCAUCUCCGAAACAUGUCUGUCUGCCGUGCUUCAGACUGUAGCAUGCUCGCAAACCCGGCCCAUAGUGGGUAUUGUGAAAAGUGCUACGUUAGGGCACAGAUGAAGCACUCACACAGGUCCCAUGCAGCCAGCUGUUCUCCAGCAGAUCAGCAAGUCUGGAGUCACGUGUUGCCAAGAUCUUCCAUUUAUAAACCAGCCAGCAAUCAGGGAGCAUCAGACAAAGCUAGAAAAGAGCCCUUUGUGUUGGAGUCAGAGGGCAGUGGUCACUCACAGAAUUCACAGUCUCACACUUUAUCUUCAUCGGAUCAACUCAUCCUGAAGCCAAGACAACAUGUUUGCCGAACUCCAGGGUGUGAGCACUUUGGGAAUGCGAAAUGUGAUGGUUACUGCAAUGCUUGUUUCACCAGCUCACUGAUGUAGAGGAAGUAAACGUGCACCUGCUGAGUGCUUCCUCUAACCCUGCUCCAGACUGCAAGUCACCAGCAGCACAGGACAGAUUCCUACAUCAAGAAGGAAAUGGAGGAAUUUAUACAGUAACGAUAUUCAUAGGCUUGGAUAAUGAUUAGAUUGUGGGGAAUUAUGUGACUUUGUCAUACCUUUGUACAAGUUUUUUAUUUAAACAAAGUAAUUAUUACAUUUAUAGAAAUCAGCAAAACACUUAGAUGUGGUUUGUCAAAAAGCAAAAAAAGACUCCAGAUGCUAAAAACCUGACAUAAAUGUUGAACAUUUUCAGCAGGUUAAGCAGCAUCUGUGGAGAAAGACACAGAGUUAACAUUUCAGGUUGAUGACCUUUCAUCAGAACUGACGUCUGUGUCAGCACAAGGACCCAGAAUGUUCACGCAGCAAGUUCAAGGAAACCUCCGGCCUGGAGGUUCUCCAGUGUUGGAGUUGAUGCUGGUUUGUUAUCUCUCUCCAUAUCUAGCCUGACCAGGUGCCGGACACGUUGUCACAGACACCUUCAGUACCUUCCUACUGCCCAUCACCAAGCUGUCACACUGCACUGGGUAUCAGAACCCGGCUCUGUGCUGCCUUUGCUUAAAGCUCCAAAGGGAAACAUAGAAACAAAGAAAAUAGGAGCAAGAGUAGGCCAUUCAGCCCUUCAAGUCCAUUCUGCCAUUCAGUUGAUCUUGGCUGAUGAUCCAGAUUCACACCCUGUUCCAGCUUUCCCCCCAUAACCCUUGAUCCCUUUUACCCUGAGAAAAGUAUCCAACUCCAUGAAUAUCUCUAAUGAUUUGGCUUCAACAGCUUCCUAUGUUGAAGAAUUCCACAGCUUCACCUCUCUGGGAGAAGACAUUUCUCCUCAUCUCAGUCUGCAAUGGCUGACCCCUGAUCGUUGUCACUUGUCAGCCACCAGGAACAUCCUUUCUGCAUCUCAUCCAGUAAGAAUUUUCUGGGUUUCUAUGACAUCCCCUUUUCUAAACUCCAGGGAACACAAGGCCAGUUGACACAUUCUCUCUCUGUAUACCCAGGUCACGUAAAGACCAUCAGGACCAGACUCCGAUCUCUGGCCUUUCUCUGACACUGUUUACAGACAUUUUUCAGUACUGAGUUCUUUAGCAUCAAGCAGGGUGUGAAUGUGGCUCAUGACCUCGCUGGAUGAGAUAUCCCAUCUGUACAUUUCAAAAGUAAAGUUGAACCUGUUAUUCAAAUUCAAGGAAUUAAAGAAACAUUAACAUUC